UUCAUACAGUUUUGUACAAUAUCUUUGAGCGAAUUAAUUUCUCUUUUAUUCCUUCAGCAGAUGUACCUAAACCAAAGGAGGAUCAAAAAAAUCCACAGCCAAAAGAUGUGAUAUGCACUUUAUAUGAAUUAAAAACUAAAGUGGUAUUCAAGAUGGUUGGUGAAACUGUUCCUAUAUUUACCAUCGCAGUAGAGGUAGAUGGAAAAACUUAUGAGGGUAAAGGACGUACCAAAAAGAUGGCUAAACAUGCUGCCGCUGAACUUGCUUUAAGAGAUAUAAUGCAAUUUCGUAAUGCACAAGAAAUAUACCAAGAUAAUAAUACUUUUACCAGCAAUGUUACAGGAAGAGAUAAUCAUUUUGUAAAUGUUGCUCAUGAGUUAUCUAAUAUUUCAAAUUUUGGUUACUGGCAAGAACAAAUGACUUUGCCACAAAUCUUGGCAGAUAAAAUAGGAAAAAUGGUAAAUCAAAAAUUCACUGAACUUACACGUAAUAAGUCACGAUAUGCUCGAUACAAAGUAUUAGCUGGUAUAGUGCAAACAAAUAAAUCGGAUGCCAAAUUAAUAUGCGUCACUACUGGUACGAAAUGUAUAUCUGGGGAUCAUUUAAGCGUACACGGUAGGGCUUUAAAUGAUUGCCAUGCAGAAGUAGUAGCUCGACGAUGUCUCUGUGAUUAUUUGUACAAACAGUUGGAGUUGCAUACCCAAAAUCGAUCUGCUGAGUCUGUUUUGGAACACAUAAAGAAGGGAUUUAGAUUAAAACAGGGAAUUCAGUUUCAUUUAUACAUAAAUAUGGCUCCUUGUGGAGAUGCUACAAUAUUUUCUCCUCAUGAGGAAAACGUGGAUAAAUAUUCUAAUAGAAAAGGCAAAGGUCAAUUAAGAGCUAAGAUAGAAUCGGUAAGUGGUACGAUACCUGUGGAGAAUUAUGGAAGAAUUCAGACUUGGGAUGGUGUUCUUAUGGGACAAAAACUGUUGACGAUGUCGUGUUCAGAUAAAAUAGCUCGAUGGAACGUACUUGGUGUGCAAGGUGCACUUUUAAGUCAUUUCAUCGAACCUAUUUAUUUCCACAGCAUCGUUAUCGGUAAUUUGCAGGACUGUAGUCACGUGUAUCGAGCUGUUUGUGGCCGUAUCGAAAAUACUAUUCAAGGUUUACCAGCAUCUUUCAGGCUUAACAAACCAUUGAUGAGUCGAACAACUGUGUCCAAAUCUAGGCAACCAGACAAGAAGGCAUUAAAGUACAGUGUUAAUUGGACUAUAGGUCAAAGAGAAGCAGAAGUAAUUAACUGUAAAACAGGAAAGGAUAAAUUGGGUAAACCAUCUAGACUCUCAAAGCAGGAGCUCUUUAAAAAGUUCUUCAGCCUAUUAGGAAAAUUGGAAACAAUUGACGAUGCCGAUCAAAAUCAAUGUCGUUAUUACUUCGAUGCGAAAUCGUCGGUUCGAGAUUACUCUCUUGCCAAAAAUCAAUUGAAGGACACUUUUGUACGCGCUCAACUUGGCAGUUGGAUUAAAAAACCGUUUGAACAAGAUAUGUUUGAGGUGGAUAUCUGACUGACUAUAUUAAAGUAUUGAUGCAAACUGAACGAAUAGGAUAAAUUCUCAUUGUGACAUUUAGCAGAGUAUGUAGUUUCUAAUGUAAAAUAGAUCACUCGUUUGGCGUGUCAUCUUAUGGCAGAAUUUGGCAUCAGUAAAGUAUAAAUUGUACUAUGUUGAAAGCAAGGUAACAUUUUGACUUUGUUAUCGUACGAUUCAACAUGUUUUUUGUUUUUUCAAUUCAACAAGUUUUUGAAUUUUUUGCUUGAAUUAAAUAGUAUUCACAAAUGCUAGUCAAUUUUUGACAAUUUUAAUCUUUAUUAAUCUUUUUAACGCGACAAAAGAUGGGAAAAUUUCGGUUCUUUUUUAUUUAUUUUUAUAUUUAUUAUAUUUUUAAUUUUAUGAUACAAA